CUGAGCGCGCGUCUCCCGGCGCGGGGUUCCUCCCACGCAGACCCUCAUUCAAACGAUGCCAAAGGGGCGGCGCGGCAGCCACAGCCCCACCAUGAGCCAGCGGUCGGCCCCGCCCCUCUAUUUCCCGUCCCUCUACGACCGCGGCAUCUCCUCGUCCCCGCUCAGCGACUUCAACAUCUGGAAGAAGCUCUUUGUACCGCUGAAGGCGGGCGGGGCGCCAGUGGGUGGGGCGGCGGGGGCCGGGUCCCUGCCCCAGGCGCCCCUCGCCCCGGCGCCCCCGCCCCCGCCACCACCCGGCCUGGGUCCCUCCGGCGAGCGCCCCUGGCCCUCGCCCUGGCCCUCCGGCCUGGCCUCCAUCCCCUACGAGCCUCUGCGCUUCUUCUACUCGCCGCCGCCGGGGCCUGAGGUGGCUGCCUCGCCCCUGGCCCCCCGCCCCUCGACCCCCAGGCUCGCCUCUGCCUCCCACCCCGAGGAGCUGUGCGAGCUGGAGAUCCGGAUUAAGGAGCUGGAACUGCUCACCAUCACUGGGGACGGCUUCGACUCCCAGCGCUAUACAUUCCUGAAGGCGCUAAAAGACGAAAAGUUACAAGGACUGAAGACCAGGCAACCCGGAAAGAAGUCGGCCUCUCUCUCCUGAGGAGCUGCCCACCAGAGCUUGGGCAGCCACCUCCUUAGGUGUUAGUGCUUAGAUAAUGUGUCCCAUUUGUCAUUUCAAAGAUGGUUAUUUUCUGUUGUGUAUUUACCGCUGUUCUUGUUGCUACCAGCAUGUACUUCACAUACAGUGCCCGCUUUGCGUGGUAAAUCUCAUGGUCUCUUUCCUCUCUAUGUGCUGCUGAGGGAGCUCUCUCACGGUGUCUAGAAGCUGCUGUCCAGCCAGCAUUCAAGGUCUCCCGAGACUGGGGAGGGAACCCCCAACACUUCCACAGUCAUGCAAACCAGAACAACAGAUUAUCAGGAAGGAAUUGGGAGAAGCCAAAGGCAAUACAUAUAUUGGUUCUACUGCUGUGUCUCUGCCCAGAAAGGUUCUUUGAGGACUGGAAUAGUGGGGGUUUGAUGUGUGGUUUGUUUUUUUUCCCAAACAUAUUUACUCCUUGGAAGUUUUUGGUGUUUUGAUUUUUUUUUAAAUGUUUUUUGGACCACAAACUCGCUGAUAAUCUUA